UGGGCACGAGAUCCUAGAAAGGCGUCUAGAACGGCCUGCGCAGGUCUGCUUGUGGAAAGACGCACCACUGGGUACAUCUAUGGAAGAACUGGAAAGAAUUAACAGAAAAAUUGAGUCAGCCAGGACUAAGGUUGAAGAAAAGCAGAAGAGGCUCUCCCUGUGGACUUCAGCCGUUGAAGAACUAACGCCUAGAUCCUCCUUGAAGGACACACAUGUGAGGGAAGAGUUUCCUGAGAAUAGCCUGAUCCUAAAGGGAAAGUGGAGUGAGUCAUCAAAGAAUGACAGGCAGCCUCAGAAGUAUGUCAUGGACCUUAAAUGCCCAGAAACCGAUCUUGAAUAUGAUCCUUUGCUCAAUUAUUCUGCAGAGCUGCUUGGGACAUUUAAAGCAAAGCAAGAUGACACUGAUCAACAGCACCUCUGCCACUUGAAAAAAUCUGUGGAUAAAGAUGGCCACCUGGCCCUGGAGAGCCAAAGACCUUGUGUUUCACCAAUAAGAAUUAAAAUAAAUCUUCAAGAAUCUGAUGAAGAUGAUCUUAUAAUAGAUGUACCCCCAAUCACAACUAAUUCUAAGAAAUCUAAACUAUUUAGAAGAUUUAAACAGUGUCGUAAGGAUAAAAAGACACAAACCAUGUCCCUGGAGAAGAGAAAUCUUCCAAUUAGUGGCCCAGAAAAGAAAAAAAUAGAUAAAACUCGAAUAAUCACACAAGUGGAUGAUGACAAAUUAGAACCCCUGGCAUUGCUCAUAAAUACAUCACGACGUGUUGAAAGUAAUGUAAAUUUGUAUCAGGUUAAAACCUGUGUAUCUAAGAAGGGAAGUGUUGGGGAUAAGGAAAAAUAUGAAGAAGGUAUGUCUUGUGCACCUCCUAGUGACAAAGAAAUACUGGAAGAAAGACAUUAUGAAAGUUAUUCAAAGAGCAAAAAACAUGCAAAAAUCUGUGAUACUCAUAAGAAAGAAACUGAAUCUUGGUCUUCAAGUCAGCCCCCAAUGUUUUAUUCAGAUGAGAGCGUGGACUACAAUGCACUGAGAAUGCAAGGCAAUAGUAAAGAACUCACUACUUUUGAAGGCAGCAAAUUAGGUGGAUUUGAUUCUGAUAAGGGGCUCACUGAAGAUGAUACCCCCUCUGACUCCGAAGACACUAUGCAGGAGUGUCUUCACAUUUUCAAUGAAUUUACAGAAAGUGAAGCUCAUAAGAAAGAGAUUGCUGAACAGGCUUCAGGAAAGCAAGAUAUGAAGUAUUACAAAAAUACUUCUAGAAGAAAAAAGAGAAUUGCACACACUGCCAAAUUUGAUGUUCCAACCAGUAAAGAGAUUAUUAGCCCAUUCAGGGGACCAGUUCUACCACUAAUUAGCCACACUGGAAUCAUUCGGGCCCAGCAACAGGCAGUACAGAUAAAGGCUGCCGUAAAGAGUGGGCGUGCGUUUAUUGCUGCCACUUCCGAGCAGAAGAAAACUGAAUCCUCAUGUCCAUCCUCUCAGACUCAAAAGAAAGAAAAUUCACUCACAUCCAACAACCUUCAUCUGGAUGUAGUUCUUUCAGGGGAAAACCCAGCUGAAAAACCAAGCAGAUCACACAUUCCUGUGAAAAGUAUCGCUUCUCUUUCUGUAAAGAUGGCAAAAUAUAAGGUGACCCAUCAAAAGAGGGCUUCAGCAACAUCAGAAUCUUCCUCCAAAGUACCUGAUGAAGUAAGGCAACGCUAUGUCAACCUCUUUGUUGAGAAGUAUUUGAGAGUUUGUGAAACAGAAGAGGAGGCUCUUAACAAGGCUAAAAUAGAAGAAAAGGCCAUAUAUGAAAGGUGUGGCAGUAGAAAUAUGUACGUGAACAUAGCAGUGAAUUCUCUUAAGAAGCUAAGAGAACAAGUUGUAUAUGGAAGCAGUAAUGACAAGAUAUCUGGAUUAAAAAAUUACGAAAAGAAAAAUGUGAUCACAGGAGUUAUUCUCUAUACACUUCUUAAAGACUACCUUCUAACUGAAGAACAGUUAUGUGAAAAUAACUACCCCCAACCACACCCUGACAAACCAGGAAGGAUUCUUUUAAACCCAGGAAUGACAAAAACUCGUCUAAGGGAUGCCUCUAAGAAGAUCUGUUGUCGAUGUGGGAAAAUAUAUGGUGUGACUUCUUCAGGUAAACACAGUAGGAGAGAAGAAUGUAACUACCACUUUGGCGGAGUGCUGAGCCAUAAAGAUCGCCCGACGUCUGUACCGUCAGCUUCUCUCUGGGGCUGCAGUGGAGGAGGCGUCCCUGCUCCUGGCAGAGUCCUCCCCAAACGCUCUGUGUCCUGUGCUCUCGCACAGACUCGCCUUCCCUGGAUCAGCGCCUUCCUCAGUUACCACUCUGCUACCUCCCAGGCUGCUCUCAUCUCUCCGUCAUCUCUUGCACUUCGUCUACAAGCGGACAAGCAGUGCUGUCCACACCAGCCACUUCGCUCCCUCUCCUCCCCACUCACACGCGCACCCGUGACCUCGCGCGGCCGGGCCCGGCGGACCUGUGUCUGCUUCACUCUGGCCAUGUUCUCAGCAUGGCCCUUCCUUACAGUGCUCUAG